AUUAUGACAGUUUCGCAGUUCGUAAUGAACAUAGGCCAAGAGUAAAGGUAUACAUAUUUAUAUUUUAUGGUUAUAUGUUUCUUAUUAAUUUUGUGAAAUAAUUACAGAAAUGAAUUUUGUUUUUCGAAAUGGUGUAUUAAAAUAUGUUGCGGCAAAUUAUUUCCGAUCACAAUGUACUGCUACAAAAUUAAAUGCUCCUUCCAACAGAAUUGUGCAUACUAGCAGUACAUCAUACGAUCUUAUGGAAUUUUUUGAUGAUAAAAAGAAUUGGAAUGAGACCAAUAUAAAGGUAGGAAGAGCAUGGAAGCUGGAUGAAUUGCGUAUAAAGUCAAACACAGACUUACAUAAAUUGUGGUAUGUGUUGUUAAAAGAACGGAAUAUGCUUUAUACUAUGGAGCAUGAAUGCAAAGAAAAAGUUAGGUUAUUUCCAAAUCCAGAAAGAAUUGAUAAAGUUCAAGAAUCUAUGAAGAAUAUUGAAACUGUUGUACGAGAACGCAAUAUUGCAUAUUAUCAAUUAGAAACUGGUGAAACUGGUGAACGGCCUGUGGAAGAGGUUGUGAAUCUGUUUGGUUUACCAGAGAAAUAUGAAAAAUCAGAAUAUAUGGUACCAAAGUUCAUGAAUACCAAAUGGGUGAAACCAUAUCUUGAACAUGGUUUAAUAAAUAGUAUAGCAGUGAAGAAAUUCUACAGAUUAUAUAAAGAGAAAUUGCAUAAUGAGAGUAGGAAGGCUCGGAACAGAGAUUAUAAUCAUGUACAACAGCUUCUUAAGAGAUUUCCUGAUAUGGAUUUGGAAAAGUUAAGAGAACAAUAUCCUAAUGUAGAUAUAGAAAAAGCUAUGAGAACAAAGAAGGCUCGAGGGCACUAUUUUCCAAAAUAUUAAUAACUAAUGCAUCUUACAAUUAAACAAAAAUUACCUUCAUUAUGUAAAAAACAAAAAAAGUAAAGAUUUCUUUCUACAUUAAUACUGUUGAUUUUUGUCUUGAAGUGCAUUGAGUAUUAUUACUAAAGGUAUAUAAAAGAUUCACACUCCAUAUUGUUAAAGUAAACAAAGUUAGUAACUUCAA